AUGACUCGUCCUGUCGCGAGUCAAGCAAUGCUUGAAGCCAAUCAAAAACGUCGGCGCCACGACGCCACCCACAAGUGCUCCGAGUGUGGGCAGACCUUCACAGCUGUAUUUAGCUUGAAGCGUCAUAUGCAAUCUCACAGUGGUGUUCGACCAUUCGUCUGCAACAUUCAUGGCUGUGAUCAGGCCUUCUUCAAUCAGAGUGAUUGCAGACGCCACGAAAGGAGCAGGAAGCGUCACAAAGGUCUCCCCCAUACCUUUUCCGACUCACCUUAA